AUGGCCGCUAUUAAGGCUAUUAGGUCUAAGGAUGCUACUUCGAAAAUAAAAUUGAUACGGUAUUCGUAUACGGGAGACCGGUUAGGUAUAUAUCUUGUCGGCGGAUGCUUCGGGCUUUUGGGCUUUUCUUACUUUAGCUCUUAUUACCCGACUCCGACUAUGAUGAUAGAUUGUGAUUUAGAGAAAACCUGGGAGGAGAUAGUUUUUAGGGAGUAA